AUGUCGACUCGGUGGUUUGUGUUUAUUGCCCUGUUGGCAGUUCUUCUCAGUUCACACACUUCUGAGGCAAUGCCACGCCCAGGACCAAUGUCUCUGAGCAACACUCGCAACUGUUUCUUCUCUCCAAUGGGGUGCGUCUUCGUUCCGAAGAUGUCACGCAUUCGGAAGCUCUCUGCUGACUUUCGCAAUGAAAUCCCGCCGCCCGACUACAUUUGA